GUGAUGAAUCGAUAGGAGGGGCUGUCUCACUGUUCUCACAUCGGCCGAUAGUUGUUUCCAAAGGACAGAGAAUAGGAAAAAGCAACAGUAUUCACAAGGAGCCCAGAGGAGACCGACCUGCAGGUUCUUUCGCAUCGUUUUGGAAAGAAAAUACACAGGGGGCCGUCUAUUAUACUCAUGUAUUCUACUAUUAGAUAGAUCUGUAUUACGUACGACCGCAAGUAUACUCUGUUCUUGUGUUUAAUCGUCUCUGACUGGAGAGCGCGCGCGGAGGCUGCGGCUGGACAGAGGCGCGGUGGAAGCGGAGAGCGCGAGCCGCUGUGGGGCUGAUGCGCGCGGCCUGUCCCUCAGCAGCGGCCCGCCAUGGCGGAGACCAAGAUCAUCUAUCACCUCGACGAGCAGGAGACUCCGUACCUCAUCAAGCUACACAUCCCCGCUGAAGACGUCACGCUCGCCGACUUCAAAAAUGUCCUCAAUAAACCCAACUACAAAUAUUUCUUCAAAUCCAUGGACGAUGAUUUCGGGGUGGUGAAGGAGGAGAUAUCUGAUGACAACGCCAAACUACCGUGUUUCAACGGACGUGUUGUGUCAUGGCUGGUGUCUGCGGACGGCUCUCAUGGCUCUGACGGUGGUUCAGUGUGUGCAGACUCUCAGGCCGAUGUACCGCCCCCGCUGGAGAGGACAGGAGGCAUCGGAGACUCCAGACCCCCUUCCUUCCAUGCGAAUGCCGCAGGAAGUCAGGAUGACCUGGGCAAUGAUACCGAGCCUGAGGUGGGUCCAUCGCCGAGAAAAGACCGAGACAAAGUCAGAGACAGAGACAGAGAGAGGCCUCGUAGAAAAGAUACACACGACCAUGGAGGCCGGAUGAACGGUCACUCGCGGCCGGAGCGCAGGCCGGACAUCACCGGCUUCGAGAGCUCGUCCACGCUGAUGAGCAGUGAGCUGGACACCACCAGCUUCUUCGACUCCGAGGAGGAGGACUCUACUAGCAGGUUCAGCAGCUCUACGGAGCAGAGCACAUCGUCACGUCUCAUGAGACGCCAUCGCCGCCGCAGACGCAAACCCAAAGCACCCAGGAUGGAGCGGUCCUCAUCGUUCAGCAGCAUCACUGACUCCACCAUGUCUCUGAACAUCAUCACUGUCACAUUAAACAUGGAGAAGUAUAAUUUUCUGGGCAUCAGUAUAGUCGGGCAGAGUAAUGAGAGGGGUGAUGGAGGAAUCUACAUCGGCUCCAUCAUGAAGGGCGGCGCGGUGGCUGCUGACGGACGCAUUGAGCCUGGGGACAUGCUUCUGCAGGUGAAUGAUAUCAACUUUGAGAACAUGAGUAAUGAUGAUGCAGUGAGGGUGCUGCGAGAGAUUGUCCAUAAACCUGGACCCAUCACACUGACUGUGGCCAAAUGUUGGGAUCCAAACCCCCGGAGCUGUUUCACUCUCCCACGAAGUGAGCCGAUCCGUCCCAUAGACCCUGCUGCCUGGGUGUCUCACACUGCCGCUCUGACGGGGGCGUACCCAGUGUACGGUAUGAGCCCUUCCAUGAGCACAAUCACCUCCACCAGCUCCUCCAUCACAAGCUCCAUUCCAGAGACUGAGCGGUUCGAGGAUUUCCAUCUGUCCAUCCACAGUGACAUGGCAGCAGUAGCCAAAGCAAUGGCAUCUUCAGAGUCAGGCCUGGAGGUGCGGGACAGAAUGUGGCUGAAGAUCACCAUCCCAAACGCCUUCAUAGGUUCAGACGUGGUGGACUGGCUCUUUCAUCACGUCGAGGGCUUUCCUGACAGACGGGAGGCACGCAAAUACGCCAGCAACCUGCUCAAAGCUGGCUACAUCCGGCACACUGUCAACAAGAUCACCUUCUCUGAACAGUGCUAUUACAUCUUUGGUGACCUGUGCGGCAAUAUGGCCAGUCUCUCCUUGCAUGAUCAUGAUGGCUCUAGUGGGGCGUCUGACCAGGACACUCUGGCUCCGCUGCCUCACCCUGGUGUAGCUCCCUGGCCGCUCACGUUCCCCUAUCAGUACCCGAUCCCUCACCCGUACAACCCCCACCCUGUGCACAAUCCCAGCUACAGCUUCUCUGCAGGGGGCGGCAGCGCGGGCAGCCCGCACAGCGAAGGCAGUCGGAGCAGUGGCUCGAAUCGAAGCGGCAGCAAAACCGAUGCAAACGCCGCGGCUGGAACCCAAGAGUCUGGAGGCCGAUCGGGCAGCGGCAGCGAGUCGGAGAAAAGAGAGAACGCUCCCAGCGAGCGCUCCGCGGCGCCCCCUAGUGAACACAGUGUGUGUAGCUCACACACCAUCCACAGCGUCCAGAGCCUGGUGUGUGCAGCACCCGGCCUCCCUCCACAGACACACACACACACACAGACACCCUCCACAGCAGCGCCGGGCUCUCCUCCAGACCGAGACCUGGCCUCGGUGCCGCCCGAACUCACAGCCUCGCGCCAAUCUUUCCGCAUGGCCAUGGGGAACCCCAGUGAGUUCUUCGUCGACGUCAUGUGAUGAGCUUCAUGUGACCCCGAGGGUCGACCCACAUGCUCAAGGCACUGUGAAAUCAAGAAAGAAAGAUGGGGAGGAAGAUGAGAAAUAGAUGCAUUGACAUUUUAGUGGCUGAGUGUCCCUCCUGUGUCCUGUGGCUUGCACUUUCUUCAGUGAAGAAGACAGAUCACGUAUCCCAUCAUGCCCUCAGAGACCCGAGGUCUCUGAUUUAAGGAGACUCUGUACGAUGCAGUGAUGAAGGUGAAUGCUUGCUGGUUUUGUGCACUCUUUUAUGUACUUUACCUGCAUUUUUUUUAUAUUUUGUCCUCUGACCAGUUUAUUAACCUUAAGAUCUGUUCUUAAAUCAAAGAUGAACUAAAUUAAGCGGAAGCAUGACAUGAGGAGAAAGUCAUGAUAUCUUUUACUCCUAAAUCACCUUUUGCUUUUUUUAAAAAGUCAAACGUUAUCAAAAGAGAGAAUCUUUGUCAAUUUUUUUAUAUUUAUGGCUUUCAUUUUCUGCUAAGAAUUGUGGAGAGUGAGAGAGAAAAAGAGAGAGUUUUUAUGUUUACAGACUGGUCUGCCUCACUCUUUGGGUUAAAAUGAAUUCCUUAAACAUAAUGCAUGAUGUUUUUCAUCUGUUUUGUUGUUUUAAUAACCUGAACUGAUAAAUCGUGCACAUUUAGACCAGGGACAUUUAUUAAGGAAAUCAAUCAAGUCAAAUUUAGAACUUUUUAUAACAGUGCACCUGUAUUACAUGUUCUGAACCUGCAACAGUGAAGAAGUUUGAAAUAGAUCUUUAAUGUUUCAAUGUUAUCAUCAGUCCUAUGAUGCACUAUUAUUAUUAUUAUUAUUCUAUGAUGGAGACUCUCUCACUCUUCCCCAAACAACACAGUACUUAUAUCUUAAUGUCUGUCAUCAUUAACUAUCAGCACUGUGCUUCAUUGUUUCUCUGUAAACCUUACUUUUUUUCUUCACCAGGUGCAUUUAUGACAUUUUUAAUUAUUGGAAACAGAUAGUAUUGAAUAGUUCAAUUCAAUACUCGCUGUACACUGUUUUAUGACAACAAAAAACAAAUUGUUUUAUUUAUAAUAUAGUUUAUUGCCUAAACACUGAGUGUGAAUCUUUUCUUUUUUUUUUUGUGCGUGUGAAAAGAAAAUCACUUUUAUUCUUCUGCAUCAUGAAGACAUAACAAAACAUAAUGAAGUCCUCCUAAUUCCUUCAAACCUUACAACUGAAGAAUACGUUUUCAGCAAACAGCCCCUUUUACAUUUUAGCACAAUAAAAAAAUAUAAAAAUCAAUAAUAAAAUGAUGUGUUUGUUUGAGCUA